UGGAACGUGAGGUGACGAUCUUGACCACUAAGGUGGAGUCUUUGGAGUCAAAAGCUAAAACAAAGCGAAGAAGGACUGUCAUCGAUGAAAUCCAAUCUUCGUGAUGCCUUGCUGAAGAAUAUUACACGUUCUCUUGCAACACAGGCAGCUGAUGUUGCAUACGAGGUGUCUCUCAGUUCCGAUAUAAACCAACCCCAGGCCACACAUCUGAAGUUUGACAACAUCUUGUACAACCAAGGUGAGGCCUACAACAAGACGACCGGCAUUUUCACAGCUCCCGUGUCGGGAACAUAUCUCUUUUGGGCAUAUGUUAUGUCGAGAGCUAAACCUAACAUGGACGUUAGGAUCCUUAAAGGCAGCACACUGAUUGGUCUUGGUCACACUCGUCUGGGGUCUGUGUACGGCGUUGCAUCCAUCACCACAGCUACACACCUCGUCCAUGGAGACCAGGUCUGGAUCAGCAUCAUAGGAACAGGCGGGGUGCCACUCAGGGGAGACGGAUUCUCCAGCUACGGAGGGACGAUCAUACGCUCCAACUGAGGCAGUCUACGUCAUUGUAACAUUCACACUUAUACUCUUAUGUACUCUCGUCAUUGAUCAAUAUAUCUGAUGAAGUCUGA